GCUUCCGUGUUGUAGUCUGCUAGCCGCUGCCGUUCAAGGCGCACGCGUACUCCUCUCCAACAAGCUCGCGGCGUCGAAGCUGCCCUAGCCACAGCGCCCUCUCUCGGCCUAAGCUUCCCAGCCGUCUAACCACAGUACCCCGCAUCACUAAGAACACAGAGACAUCGCCUCUGGUAUACCAAUGAGCCAAGUGGAGUUUGAAAUGGCCUGUGCUUCACUCAAGCAGCUGAAGGGGCCUGUGAGUGAUAAGGAGAAACUGCUGGUGUACAGCUUCUACAAACAGGCCACCCAGGGCGACUGUAACAUCCCUGUCCCUCCUGCCACAGAUGUGAGAGCAAAGGCCAAAUGGGAGGCAUGGAUGGUAAACAAAGGGAUGUCCAAGAUGGAUGCCAUGAGGAUCUACAUUGCUAAAGUGGAAGAGCUGAAGAAAAACGAGCCUUGCUAAAAGCAUUUUGGCAGACACAGAAGUAGCAUGGCUCCACUGGUAGGGGAUGGGCUUAAAGAUUCCUGAUGGCUGAAACACACUGAAAGGGUAGCAGGGUUAGCAGAAACACCAAUAAAUCAUUCAAACU